AUGCUUAAACACGUACGGAAUAAUAUUUACAGACUUCGUUGGUCUAGAAAUUAUUCCAUACUUAGCCCUGUUACAAAAUCACCUUUUACAGUUCUCGGAAUUGAAACUUCUUGUGACGAUACAGGAGUCGCAAUUGUGAAUUCAGAUCGUCAAAUUAUAAGCGAGGCUAUCCAUCUUCAGCAACAAUUACACGAACCAUAUGGAGGUGUUGUUCCAAAUUUGGCCAUGUCAAGUCAUCAACAACAUUUACCGCUUGUGAUACGUGAGGCUUUGGAUAAAGCAAACAUGGAUAUCGCAAGGGAUAUUGAUGUUGUUGCAGUUACAAGAGGUCCGGGACUUCCUGCUUGUCUAGGAAAUGGAUUGAGUGCCGGAAAGGCUUUGGCUGCCGCACUUCGAAAACCAUUAAUAGGCGUUCAUCAUAUGGAAGCUCAUGCACUUACAGCACGUCUCACUCAACCAACUCCUGUACCUUUUCCUUUCUUAACACUUUUAAUAUCAGGUGGACACACUCUUAUAUUGGUAGCACAUGGUGUUAAUCAUUAUACUCAACUUGGAACAACCGUAGAUGAUUCAAUUGGGGAAGCGUAUGAUAAAAUUUCUCGUUUACUUAAACUACCUUGGUUGAAAGGUCGUGGAGGUGGACCUGGUGCUGCUUUAGAACGAGUUGCUGAAAAAGGAGACCCCAAGAAAUAUAAAGUUCCAAUACCAAUGACAAAAGACAAACAUAGAAAAGAAGCGAUGGAUUUAAGUUUCAGUGGGUUAAAAACAUCAAUAAGUACGUUGAUUAAAAAUCAUGACUUAGAUUUAGACGAUGAGAUCGUAAAAAGAGAUUUAGCAUCGGUUUUUCAGAAAACAGCUAUAACUCAUUUAACAGAUAAAUUAGAAUUGGCUUUCCGAUGGUGUAGGGAAAAGGACAUAAUUCUAACAGCCUUAGUUGUGAGUGGAGGCGUAGCAAGUAACAAAAGUAUUCGUUCAAGUUUGGAAUCAUUGGCAACCGAGCGAUAUAACAUUCCAUUAAUUUGCCCGCCACCACACCUAUGCACUGAUAAUGGCGUUAUGGUUGCGUGGGCAGGCGUGGAACGUUUUCGUAUAGGGUUAGUGGAUGAAUAUAUCAUUGACCACUUACCAAGGUGGCCAAUUACAACUUUGGGAUCUUAA